AGCGAAUACGUGUCUACUGCCCGCUAUGGCCCUUAAUUAAUUCCACAACUUGAAGACGAAGCGGCCAACUUUUUUCCCGACGUCUUGUCGAGAUCAAGGAGAAUAGCAAUCAUCUUGAAGGAAGAAUGGAGGGUAACUGUAGCUUCGUGACGCCGUGGCUUGUCCAGGCGUUCGGUGGAUGUGUGUUUUACCGGCAACAAGCGAGCGGCUACGCCUUGGGAGUGUGUUCUAUCUGUGUGUGGUUUGUCGUCCAUAUCAUGAUACUGAAAGUGAAGUGGAGAGAGAGCCACUCCAACAACGCUGCCUUCUGGCUGCUGUUACACUGCUGUACUGCUGACCUGUGUAACCUGGUGGGCUCUGUCAUGGCUGUACAGAUGGGGGCACAGAUCCUGGUAGGCCUGUACCUGUGCUGUAUGCAGGCUGCCUUCAUCGCUCAGUUUGCAGUCAUGAGAUGUGGGUGGAGAAACAGGCUAUCUGCAAUGUCAGACCAGUGUGAGGACUGUUGGUACCGGUUGCGGAAGGGCCGUCAGGAUGAGAUGAACAUGUUGUGUGUUCUCCCGUUCUGGGCCCUGUCAGCUGGCUUCCUGUGUCUGGACACAGCAGCCUGGACACCGGUCAUACAGCCGGUCCUCCACCGCAACCCUACAGGCAGGAGCCUUCUCACACACUCCAACAACAUGUUUGAGAAUAGUCACAUGAGUACUGGCUACUCCCUGGGCAUGGUGUCAGCAGUGUUGAACUGGACAGGGAGGUUACCACAGAUACUACAAGUUUACAAGGGUAAGCCACCUCCCCGACUGUACCUUCCUAUCUCCACCCUGAGUGUGACGGCCAACUUCCUGUAUGCACUGGGCAUCAUCACACAUGGAGCGGAGGGGGACUUCAUGUUAUACCACUUACCAUGGCUGCUGGGCAGCCUUGGGACAGCUGGAAUUGAUAUUGGUUUAUCCAUCCAGAUGUACAUCAACAACCAUCGGAGGGAGAAGAAGAUGCCUGACGACAUCGUGUCGCUCCUCCAGCAUCCUGAUGACCACGAGGCGUCGUUUGAGAAACACAGGGAAGACCAGGACCAAACAUGGCUGCCCCUGACUAACAUCACAGCUGAGGAGGAAGUCCCCAUGUUGGACAAUCAACACGCUAUCUUGGACCUGGAUCAGCCCAACAUUGCAGAAACAGUGGAAAAUGACCCCAUAAGAUUUGAAGAAAAGUUUGUGGCCCCGUUUCUUGGCGCCAUGAAUCCAGCGGAUAAAGAAGAAUUCUACGACUCGGUUGCGAAGGACCCCAAAGCGUUCUUGUGCGCGUACAUGAAGAUGCGGGACUUCCUGAAACCCGUAGAGUUUGAUCCGAAGCAGUUUGGAGGACACAGUGACACCACAGACAAUAACUCGGACGGUGCCACGCCGGAGAGUCAGGAGCCCCCCUCCCACCCCCCACGUGCCAUCAUUAAGGUGGAGACCAUCUCUUCUUCUGACAGUGAAUCACCUGAUGACUCAGACCUGGAGUGGGAUUUUGAAGGAGUUACAGAUGAGGGGACUUGGGAGGUGGGACGAUCGCAGAGAACAACCGAAGUAGAAACUGACGCAUUCAUCCCUCCAGACACUACCUUGGAGCCAAACCUUUUGGACAAGGAUGACUACUGGUUUGAGGAUGAACUUAAGAAGGACAUGCAGGGGACUCAGGAGGAGGACUUGUUAAGACAUUUGCAGCAGGAGCUGGACAGAAGUGUCAAAGAUGCAGAGAGGCUCUUAAAGAAGUCGUAGUGGUGCCUUAAGAUUUAGAUAUGAUACCAGAGAAACUUAAACUAUACUGAGUAGUUUGUGCCCAUGUCUUCUCAAUUCAAAAGUUCUCAUUAAAAGUCAGUAACAUCAAACGUUGUCCAGAGAACUAUUGUUGCCAAGUUGAAAAUUAUAGUUUUCACUAUGAAUAAUGAUUCAUUGUAACAGUUGUUUUGCAUAAUUUCAUUUAAGGACUUUCUAGAUCAUGACGUUUCUUAUUAUAAUUAUGCUUUUAAAUCAUGAUGACCAUUGCAAUCUCAAAUUUACUGCACUGAAGAAACUAAAGCUGAUAAAACCAAUAACUGCAAUAUUUCAGGCAUAUCCUGAAGACCAGUUUAACCUACACCAUCAGAGGAGUGGUGUCUAAACUAAGAUAAGAAGUGUUUGUAGGUCCUAUUCAAGUAAAUAGUCCUCCUUCUGUUUAUAGAUGCUUUCACUUUAUAACAAACUUGAUGUUAUUUUUGGCUCACAGUUGCUUGAAUUAUGUUGUACAUAUUAUCAUCACUGUGACAUUAUUAAUAUGAUGAGGUUUCGUGUUUACUUAAUAUAAUUUUGUGAAGUUUAUAUGAUGCAAUACUGCACCUUUUCAUUCCAGCAAUAUUCCACCAGCAAUACUGACAGACAAUGAACAUUUUCAGCGUUUGUAAAGAAAUGAUUUGAAAUGUAUACUGAAGAAUGAAGAUGUUAAUAUAAUACGUGUGUGCGUGUAUUUAGGUAGUACAGUGAAAUAUUUAACGUUAAAGUUUAAGCCAAGGAGUUUAUGCUGUAUGCAAUAGGCCUUACUGAAAUAAACAGCAAGAAAAGUGUGAGACAUUUUGUUCUUGUUCUGGAAUUGCAAGUUAGUAUAAAACUGCUUCUUCUGCCUUUUCCCUAUUGAAGUAGCCAAUUUAUAUUUAUGGGGUUAGGCAGGAGGUUAUGCAAUACAAAAAAAACUAGAAAAGUAACCUUUGCAAAGCAAAUGCAUAAUGUUUACCUUCACUUGUGCAAGCUUAUCAAACUACUGGUCUGUUAAUCAUUACUCAAAGACAAAUUGUAACGGUUACCCAACACCACAGGGUGUCUGCUACAGCACUAGUUAACAUGGGGACAGAUGUAUGGUCCAGGUCAUUGACCUUAUUUAUUUGCAGAAGAAGAGGAGGAAGAAACUGAGCAAAAAAAAGGUAAACAUAGUAAACUUUGCAACUUAAAUGUUGCUA